GUUUGUUGCGCAUAACAACUUUUAACAGUCGCCGGCAAUAAUAUUGAAAUUGACAACAAUGUUAAAAACGUGUGCAAAUCGUUUCUCGCAGAGAUGCGAUGUGUGGCGUUGCCUUUCAACGAAACCCGUACAGAUGAACAUCUUUGACAGAAAUGCCAAGCGCUUGCAAAAGGAACGUGCCGCACUCAGCGCAGAUGUGGCGCUCUUUGACUAUCUGAAGGAGGAGGUGGGCUAUAGACUGGCAGAUCGUGUCUUCGACAUCAAGCGGGAAUUUAAGUCAGCAGCAGACAUUGGAUGUAAUCGAGGCUAUAUAUCUAGGCACAUACUGGCCGAGUGUGUGGAACAUCUAACACUGACGGACACUAGCGCUACCAUGCUGGAGCAGGCACAGGGUACACCUGGGCUUAAAAUGCGCAAACUAGUGCAAGAUGAAGAGGAAUUGGAAUUUGAGGAUAACUCACUCGACUUGGUAAUUUCCAGUCUGAGUUUGCACUGGGUUAACGAUUUGCCGGGAUGCUUUGCCAAGAUCAUGCGCAGCCUGAAGCCAGAUGGUGUAUUCAUAGCCUCACUCUUUGGCGGCGAUACUUUGUACGAGCUACGAUCUUCGUUACAAUUGGCUGAGCUAGAGCGCAAGGGCGGCAUAUCGCCACAUAUAUCACCCUUUACACAAAUUCGGGACGUAGGUUCGCUGCUCAAUCAAGCUGGCUUUACGCUUUGCACUAUUGAUACGGACGAGCUGGUUAUUGGCUAUCCCAGCAUGUUUGAACUGAUGUGGGAUCUCAAAGGUAUGGCGGAAAGCAAUGCAGCUCUCAAUAGGCCGGCGCAUCUUAGUCGAGAGAUAAUGCUGGCGGCCAGCGCUAUCUACAACGAGCUCUACGCCAAGCCCAAUGAGCAAGGCAUACCCGCAACAUUUCAAAUAAUUUACUUUGUGGGCUGGAAACCCGGACCAAAUCAACCACAGCCGCUGCCACGCGGUACAGGCGAUGUAUCGCUUAAGGAUCUGGGCUCUAUUGUGGAGAAGAGUGGGAAAAUUAAAAUGCCGCAAGAAUAACAGAAAUGCUGUACAAGUUCAAUUUACAGUUUAUUAUGUAACGCACUUGAAAGUCAACUUAAAUGCUAUAAUUAAAACAAAAAAAUAUCUUGCGUUGCUUUUAAGAAAGUUAUAAAUUAUAAUACGCGCUUCAA